AUGAGCAGAGGCGUUUUAGCAUUGACAGGUCCAGCUGGAGGCCCACAAGAUGACCAAGUUCUAGUUGAUGCGUUGCCAUACCUGGAUGUGGAUUAUAAUGAAAGUGAUCGACAACUCGCCCAUAUGCUCAUUGAGCAGGAGUGUAAAAUUUUUCGCCCAACAAAGAACUAUUUGAAACAUUUGGCUGUACCCGACUUCGACAUGUUCUUGACCCCUAGCAUGCUGAAAGAACAUGCCCGCAUGGCAAAAAAACAAGAUAUGCAAAAGCUGGACAUGAGUCGUUGUGAGAUACCUUCUCCCGCUGGAACUUCCAGAGCGAACGACCGUGACGCAUGGAAGAAGAGUAUCAAAAACGCCAAAACUCAGAACGAACACUUGGUUUUACGUCAAAUAAAUCUGGAAUUAAUGAACGACUAUGCCGCCGAAAGCUACCUCCGUAGAAAUAAGGAACUAGAGAAAGAAUUAACAAAGUCUGAGACGAUAUUGAGGAAACAUAAAGAGCAGAUCAUGGAGGUCCAUGCUCAUAGGAAACGCUCACAAAUGGACGCUGGAAGGCUAUUAAAAGAGAAGGAACAGAACUGGGUAUCUAUGGUUUCAAACAACUACAGAAUGGAAAUGGCAAUCAAUGAACUUACAAAGACAACAACGGAAGACGCUAAGCGAUUGAAACUAGAUGAGAACCAUUUCGCAAAAAAAUAA